AGGGUGAACAGAGGUCGGCUGAGAGGGAGAAUAACAUGAACGUUUAUACCUGGUUCGCAUUACAACCUGUAUUGAUAUUAUGUUAUCACACUACAUCUGGUGAUAAGAUAAAUUACUAUUUGAUGUGAAUUUCUGGUUGAUGUUUAUUAUAUAUGAUGUCCGUUCUAAUUUAUUAUUUUAAUUGUAAAUAUCUGAACAAAUUUUAUUUAUACACUGUGUGUUCAAUGUUUUGUAUUACACCGUUGGCCCACAACAAUUAACUAAGGCUGUGAAGAAGUCCAAAUAUAUGGACGAAACGUCGCUGAAGUGAGAGGUUGUGUUUCAUUGGCUGUCCUACUUCCCAUUAUCCUUUUUAUGUACAUUGCAAAGGACGUGAUAUGGUUGAUAUGAUUGAAUGCUCAGGGAGUUUUUUUCGGGAUUUGAACCGCAGGUAUGGAUAUAGGAUUGUUGCAGAGUUGAAAGACUGGAUAAAACUUGACAAGAAGAGGGCAUCAUUGUGUAAUCGUAGAAUAUUUUUGUUGGAAUGUAGACGUAACAAACUCACCCCAAGACAUAUCUCACAGAAUAUAAAAUGCCUUAAUGAAGUCGUAAUGGAUAUAAAUUGUCCGAUAAUGAAGAAGGCUGAUAAAUUGUUGAAUAAGUUCAAAAGAUCUGUUAUCAAUAUUGAGAUAGAGGCUACCAUUUGGCAAUUAACAAGGAUUCAAAGGAGAUUAGUUGAUAUAAAGUACAACUCUAGAAAAUCACUUCCGCCAGAUGUUUUCGCAGAUUUUGAAUUGAGAUCUUAUAAUAAUUAUGAUAAGUUAUUCAGAAAAAUUCGAAAAUCGAAUGUCAAGAAGAUUGAGGAGUUGAAGAGGAAACAGAAGGUCACUCAUAUAGAUGGAUCAGUGGUUGAUGAAUUUUUAUUUAAUUACACAUCUCUAGAGAUUCCUAUUGAUGUUGCACAUACUUUAUCGAUGGGCCCCAAUUUCGGUAUUAAUGAGUUGAAACACGAGUUUUCUAUCCCGAGGGUAUUGAAGGAUUUUGAGUAUUGCAUACGAGGAAUCACGAGUUCAGAUGAUAUUAAAAACACUUUAAGAGCCCAAGCCACAAAUAUUAUUACUAAUCAUUAUCGAAACCCAAAAAAUUUUCGUGGUGAUUACAUGGUUAAAAAUUUCAAGGAAACUAGAAGAUUUUUAGAGGAUAAUCCCGAUAUCUUAGUUAUGAGAUCGGAUAAGGGCAACUCUACAGUUAUAAUGUACAGGGAUGAAUACGUGGACUCAAUGUACUCUUUGCUUAGUGACGUAACUAUGUACAGGGUGCUCAACAAAGACCCCACCUUGACGGUUCAAUCGUUUGCUAAUUGUCUCCUUGAUAAGCUCCAUACCUAG